AUGGGUUUAACUAAAAGAAUUGUGUCUCCAGCUGAUUUACGUCAAUGGACUUCUUCUAUCGCUUGUAAUGAGGUUCUUAACCUAAUAAAUAGUGUCAAUAGUAAAUUGGUCUCUCGUCCAAUCCAGGAUAAUUUGAAAUCUUCUAAGGCCAUAAUGUUGGUAUGUGAAAUGCUUGACAAGUUACAGCAAGCAAUUAAAGAUUACCCACCUGAGGAGCAGCCGCAGAGAUUUGGAAAUAAAGCAUUUAGGCGAUGGUUUACAUGGUUACAAGAGAAUGCCAUUGAAAUUGGUUCAACUAUUUUUCAUGAUCAUGGUACCACAGAUUUCACUGAUCCACCAAUGUUAUACACCGAAGCAGUUGACGAAGUUUCCGGUUAUUUAGUUGAAUCAUUUGGAAAUUCAACACGUAUCGAUUACGGGACUGGUCAUGAAUUGGCUUUCUUAGCGUUUUUAACUUGUCUUUUCAAACUGAACAUUCUAAAAACACAAACUGAUUCUGGUGCAUCAACUAUAAAUGAUCUCCUAGCUGUUGGGCUUGUUGUAAUGCCAAAGUAUCUAGUAUUAGUUCGUCUGUUACAAACAACAUAUCGUAUGGAGCCAGCUGGCUCUCAUGGUGUAUGGUGUUUGGAUGAUUUUCAAUUUGUACCUUUCAUUUGGGGCAGUAGUCAAUUGAUUGGCAGUCAGCACAAUCCUACCGUGAUAACAGAUCGUGAUGUUGUUGAAUUGGAGAAAGAUAAAUACCUUUUAUUUUCAUGUAUUUCUUAUAUUCAUCAUUGUAAAACUGGUCCAUUUGAAGAGCAUUCACAUACGUUGUAUGGAAUUAGUGAAGUACCGAAAUGGGAAAAAGUUAAUUCUGGUUUAAUUAAAAUGUAUAAAGGUGAAGUUUUAGAAAAAUUUCCAGUCGUUCAACAUUUCCUAUUCGGUAGUUUAUUAUCAUUUGAUAGAGUACAAAAUAGUAAACCUUUGGGUGGUAGUGGAAUAAAUAUUGGUGGAGGUUUUAGUCAACGAGGAUUUAUUCCUUCAAAUAUUGAUUCAUUUGUAAAACCGAUUUCAUCGACAAUCCAACAAUCAAAUCAACACGAUGAAAAAUCGUAG